CUGCUGCCAUCAUGAGUAAAGUAAAUCUGUCUGUGGAUCCUUGUGAUAAUUUCUUCCGGUUUGCUUGUGAUGGUUGGAUAAACAAUAAUCCAAUUCCCGAAGAUAUGCCAAGCUAUGGGGUUUAUCCUUGGCUGAGACAUAAUGUUGACCUCAAGUUGAAGGCACUUCUAGAGAAAUCAAUCAGUAGAAGGCGGGACAUUGAAGCCAUACAGAAAGCCAAAAUCCUUUAUUCAUCUUGCAUGAAUGAGAAAGCAAUUGAAAAAGCAGAUGCCAAGCCGCUGCUCCGCGUCCUGCGGCACUCACCUUUCCGGUGGCCCGUGCUUGAAGCUAAUAUUGGUCCUGAAGGGGUUUGGUCAGAGAGAAAAUUUAGCCUGAUGCAGACCCUUGCAACAUUCCGUGGUCAAUACAGUAACUCUGUGUUCAUCCGUUUGUAUGUGUCCCCUGAUGACAAGGAGUCCAAUGAACACAUCUUGAAGCUGGACCAAGCAACACUCUCCCUAGCUGUGAGGGAAGACUACCUUGAUAACAGCACAGAAGCCAAGUCUUAUCGGGACGCCCUUUACAAGUUCAUGGUGGACACUGCCGUGCUUUUAGGAGCUAACAGCUCCCGAGCUGAGCAUGACAUGAAGUCAGUGCUUAGGUUAGAAACUAAGAUAGCUGAGAUAAUGAUUCCACACGAAAACCGAACCAGUGAGGCCAUGUACAACAAAAUGAACAUUUCUGAACUGAGCACUAUGAUUCCCCAGUUUGAUUGGCUGGGCUACAUCAAGAAGGUCAUUGAUGCCAGGCUCUACCCCCACCUGAAAGACAUCGGUCCUUCCGAGAAUGUGGUGGUCCGCGUCCCACAGUACUUUAAAGAUUUGUUUAGGAUUUUAGGCUCUGAGAGGAAGAAGACCAUUGCCAACUAUUUGGUGUGGAGGAUGGUUUAUUCCAGAAUUCCAAACCUUAGCAGGCGCUUUCAAUAUAGGUGGUUGGAAUUUUCCCGGGUAAUCCAGGGUACCACAACUUUGUUGCCUCAGUGGGACAAAUGUGUAAACUUUAUCGAAAGUGCCCUUCCUUAUGUUGCUGGAAAAAUGUUUGUGGAUGUGCACUUCCAGGAAGAUAAGAAGGAGAUGAUGGAGGAAUUGAUUGAGGGUGUUCGCUGGGCCUUUAUUGACAUGCUCGAGAAAGAAAAUGAGUGGAUGGAUACAGGAACAAAAAAGAAAGCCAAAGAAAAG